AUGAAUCCGUCGCAUCAUGAUUAUCACCUCGACGAUGAGUAUGAAUAUGAAUAUGAAUAUGACACAAAUGAAACAGAGACAUUCUAUGUUGACCUUGACCUGUCAUCUCUAAACUCCGGCCAAAAGCCGACUGUCAACAACAGCUCCCGCUCUAGAAAGGGCCCUGUCUCUUCGAUCAAGAAAAGAGAACUCUCCCAAUCCGCAGAACCUGAUGAAGCCUCUCCUAACGCGGCAAAUCCAGAUGGCGAUGACGAGACAGCGACACGGGCUUCGCCUUCAGGCGCCACAAGCGUUGAAGAUGUUGGUACUGGUCUCGGGGCCAAGUUGGAAAUCUUAGACAUCAACACCAUCAAUCCCAUCGUGGCAUACAAAGGCCAUGUCUUCAGUUGUACCUGGGCGGACAUGGUUGGCACCAACAUGUUCUUUAGUCAGCCUCAGGCUGUGCCAGAUGCCCAACCACUGCGCUCGACUGACGAUUACGACUUGAUAGCAACUUCACGCAUCAAACUUGUGGGUCAGCGGGCUAGUCUGAAGAACAUCCCGGUCAGGAAACGACGUCGACUUAACCAAGAAGAGAACGAUGAAGACUCUGCGAGCGAGGUCAAAGAAGGCCGCAGCCUCGGCACCAUGUAUCGCAGCAACCCUAAGGUCAACAUCCAGUUGAAAAACCAGGCUGCCUUCUUGGACAGACUCAUGGACAUCAAGCAGAGCCGCGGCGAACAGGAUUUAGUUCGCACCUACGCCGACGAAAGAGUUGCUUCAAGCAUUCAGGCACAGAUGAGUGAGACUACGCUGCGGAAAAUAGACUCUUUGAACCGAAAAGUUGUCAAAGGAGAUGCAGAAGCUUUGCAGCAAUUGCAAAAGGUCUAUACUCGAUUAGAUGACAAGGCUAUUGAAUCCACAUGAGAUACGUCUGGCGACACUGUAGCGCCCGUCAAUCCUUGCAUGUAUACACCUCACAAAAAAGAGAAGGCCGCUUCAUCAGAGACGCCAAAUAUCAGUCCAUGUCCAUGAC